AGUCCACGUAAAACACACACCGGCUUUACUACACAUCUCUCUCCAUUAUAAUUUAGUAUACAAACAAACAGAGAGCGGGUUUCGUGCGGAUUGUUAUCGCGAGUACCGAAAGCAGAAUAAAAUGUCCAUCAGGUACAAAUCGGAUCCGGAAAUAGCCGAAUACGAAUCGACCAAGUGCUGCACCAGCUUCCUGCACUACUCCUGGAAAACCGUCACCUGUCUGUUCUCCCACGUCACGCUCGUCUCCAUGGUGGUGUCCUACUGCGUCCUGGGGGCCUUCACCUUCGAAGCCCUGGAGGUAGCCAACGAGAAGAAGGUGAAGAGCGGCAUAUACAAAAUACGGGAGAACGUCACGUGGCAUUUGUGGAACUACACGCAGGGCAUCAAGGCCUUCGACGAGGAGAACUACACGAGAGGGGCGCUGUUGUAUCUCAAACACUUCGAGAAUUCGUUGUUGGAUAAAAUGAACAAAGACGGCUGGGACGGCGAGGAGGAUCCCGAUAAGGUGCAGUGGACGAGGACCGGGUCUUUGUUUUACAGUAUCAUCGUCAUUACUACCAUAGGUUACGGGCACAUCGCGCCGAAGACCUCCUGGGGCAAGGUGGUGACCAUCUUCUACGCCAUACUGGGCAUACCGCUGAUGCUGCUGUGCCUCUCGAACAUCGGCGACGUCAUGGCGACUUCAUUCCGAUUCCUCUACUGGAAGGUGUGCUGCUACACGUGCCAGAAGAAGCCCAAGAAGCGGAGGACCAGGGGCUCCAUUCGAUCGGAUAAAUUGUCGAGAUCCCGGCAGGGCUCCUUCAGGAGGUACACCCGCACGCCCAGGUUGCCCGAAUUGGGCCCCAUGUCGCACUCCGACACCGAAUUACGAUACCUGGACGAUCCGUUCCCUUCCCGGAGAAGAUCCGAACGAUUCCGUAAAUCGGACGACCCCAGCAGGAAAAUCAGCCGAACGUCCACCGUCUCCAGCCCGCCCGUCCAACAGAACCACCUGGAACCACCUCUGAGAGGCUACUCCUUGGACAGGAAAAGGCGAGCCGAAGAAGCGCCUGACCUGGACCCCAGCCUCAUCGACCGCACCCCCAUACUCUUCAACAAGUAUAUCGUAGGCACCGACGGCGGUUUCGAGAGGAUGAUACCAGGUAAAGGCAUAACCCCCAGGCAGACGGAGUUCCAGAAACGCUCGGCGUCGGUGCCGAGGACCCGCCGCUUCCUGGAACCGCCGCGCUACCCCUCCCCGGACGGCUCCACCGACGUGGAGGAGGACGUGGACUCGCUCAAGGACGCGCGCCGGCCCAGAGGAAGGUCGCCCCGGCCGAGCCCGAGCCCCAGGAUGAUGACGCCCAUCGGGUACGGCCUGCCCGGCAGGUACUACGACGACGACUCCGACGCCUACGACGCCUACGAGGCGGGCAAGGCGAGGAUCCGGCCGGUGCCGAUAUGGCUGUGCGUGUUCCUGGUGGUCGGGUACAUCCUGGCCGGGGCGUACCUGUUCAUGACGUGGGAGGGCUGGGAGUACCUGGACGCCGCCUAUUUCUGCUUCAUCACGCUCACGACGAUAGGGUUCGGGGACCUGGUGCCCGCCAAGGAGGUCAGCAGGGACAACAGCAGGGCCACCAUCAGCAUAGCGCUGUGCUCGUUGUACUUGUUGUUCGGGAUAUCUUUGCUGGCUAUGAGCUUCAAUUUGGUGCAAGAGGAGGUUAUCGGUAAGGUGAAGAGGAUCGCUAAGAGUCUGGGGAUUAUCAAGAGUACUUCCGAUGAUGAGGAUGAUGAUGAUGAUGAUUAAUGUGUAGAAGGUAGAUGUGAAUAUAUGAUACUGUAAGCAG